AUGGGCCGGAUAUCCCGCGACCGGCGGGACAUUUACUACAGGCGGGCCAAAGAAGAAGGCUUUAGGGCUCGCUCUGCUUACAAGCUGCUGCAGCUGGAUGACGAGUUGCACUUCUUGUCUCCGCCAAACUGCUGCUUCUCCAGCGGCUCCGAGGCCUCUUCCUCCGAAGACGAGCAGCAGCAGCAGCAGCAGCAGCAGCAGCAGCAGCAGCAGCAGCAGCAGCAGCAGCAGCAGCAGCAGGGGCGUUUCUGGGGGCCCGCUGCUUCUGUGUGGGACUACCCCCACAGGGCUGUGGACUUGUGCGCAGCGCCUGGCAGCUGGAGCCAAGUGCUGCGCCGCAGGCUGUGGCGAAACUACCAACUCAAAGUGCAGGAGUACAACAAGCUGCAGCAGCAGCAGCAGCAGCAGCAGCAGCAGCAGCAGCAGCAGCUGGUUCGCCCGGAGCCCCCGCUGAUAGUGGCUGUGGACCUGCAGGAAAUGAGUCCGCUGGAAGGAGUGGUUUGCAUAAAGGGGGACAUAACGCAUGCAGCAACUCGUGCUGCAGUGCUUCGCUGCUUCCAGCAGCAAAGCACUGCAGCAGCAGCAGCUGCUGCUGCUUGCGGCUCGCACGCAGCAGCAGCUGCUGCUGCUUGCGAGCAGCAAGCAGCAGACUUGGUGGUGUGCGACGGGGCCCCCGACGUGACGGGGAUGCGGGAGCUGGACGAGUGCAUGCAGCAGCAGCUGCUGCUGGCAGCAGCAGCAACAGCAGCAGCGCUGCUGCGCCCCGGGGGGGCCCUCGUGGCCAAAGUCUUCAGGGCCGAACUGGGGCCCCUUCUUUGCAUGCAGCUGGGGGCCCUCUUUGCUGAAGUUUGCUGCAGCAAACCUGCUGCUUCCCGCAGCAGCAGCAGCGAGGCUUUCCUCGUCUGCCGCGGCUUCCGCCCCACGCCCCCGCUGCACCCCCCCCUCCCCGCCCCACAGCAGCAGCAGCAGCAGCAGCAGUGA